AUGGGCUUCAGAGACCUAGAGAAGUUUAACAUGGCAUUACUUGCAAAACAAGGCUGGUGGAUUCUCACCAAUCCUAAUUCGCUUGUGGCUCGUAUAUUGAAAGAGAAGUACUUUCCGCGUGAAGGUUUCCUAAAAGCAAAGUUGGGAAGCCGUCCUUCCUUUGUGUGGAGUAAUAUGUUAAAGGCCAAGCCACUUUUGCCGCAUGGAGUGGGAUGGAGGAAUUUGGAGCUUAUUCGGAGUAUCUUCGAUCCAGGAGAGGCGGCCCUAAUUGGUAGCAUGGUUUUAAGUCCUCUGCAACAGCCUGAUAAACUUAUUUGGAGAGGGACCCCUUCCGGUGUAUUUUCAGUAAGGAGCGCUUACCAUUUGGAAAUGAGACGACUAGCCCAGACUAGUGGAGAAGGAUCAGAGGUUGACAAGUCGAAAGACAUGUGGAAUAGACUCUGGAGGUUGCAAGCUCCCCCUAUUCUCCGAAGCUUCUGUUGGAAAGUGUGCAACAACUUAUUUCCUACUAAGACUAACCUGUUUAGACAGAAGAUAGGGUCGGAUCCAUACUGCCCUUUUUGUAGAAGUGAACCAGAAACAAUUUUUCAUUGCCUUUGGGGAUGCUCUGCAAUAGUUGCAAGAUUCGAUUUUGAGGAGUUGGUAGAAGCAUUGACUGUGGCUAGGAUGAUUUGGCAUAGGCGUAAUGAAAUUGUUUUUCAAGGAGUAUUCAAUCCUCCAGCCCAAGUGAUGGCAGCAGCUCUCGUAUCUUUGCAUGGGUUCACCAAUGCCACAAUGGACGAAGGUCCAAACCAGAGAGCAGCGUCUGCAAUCCCCCAUUUGCGGCAUAAACCCCCAACAGGCAGUUGGAAAAUCAACUGGGAUGCAGCUAUCUCUAAGGAGAUGAAGAAAAUGGGUGUGGGCAUAGUGAUUUGGGACGUAGACGGGAGAGUUGUGGCAGCACAGACUAAGGUGGUUCCUUAUAUCACGGACCCUUUAGCAGCUGAAUCACUGGCAACCUGCCGGGCUUUUAGACAAGUUCUGGAUGACAUCAAGGACUCCUUCACCCACUUUUCUUCAGUGGAAGUUCUACAUGUUUAUGGAGAUGUGGUUGGUGCACCAUGUACGGAUGGAGAUCACAUUUACAACAUUGUUAGUGGUGUGGAUCACCCAGGGUCAGACUCGGUCGGGCUAUUAACGAUGAUGAUACGCGGCAACAUUCGGGACACAGUUGGUCUACAUUUAGAUGCCGUAAUUGAGAAAGACCUCGAGGCAAUUGUGACUGUUUUGGAGUAA